AUGGCAUCUACCCACACCAAAUUCCUUCCAUUUGGGGCCAUUCUCACCCCUAUCUUCAAGCACUUCAAUGUUGAUCUUUCUGGGGAACCAUUCAUUAAAAUCAGACCUUUCAUUUACAUCGUAGAGAAGAAAUAUGCUGAGAAACCUAGUAGUAGUAGUAUGACCGAUGGUAAGAGGCUCAAAACAAACCUUAAUAUAAAGGCCAUGAAUGCUUUAAUUUGUGGACUUACUCCCAAUGAAUACAAUAGAGUUUCCACGUGUGCAACUGCACAUGAAAUUUGGGAAAAGUUAUGCAUCACUCAUGAAGGAAUCUCCCAAGUUAAAGAGUCCAAAAUUAGCGGCCUCAUGCAUGAUUAUGAAUUGUUUAAAAUGCUUCAAAAUGAAUCUAUUGAUGCUAUGUUUUCUCGAUUUACUAACAUCAUAAAUGAAUUGCAUGGCCUUGAUAAGAAAUUGUCGAACCAAGAGAUGAACUACAAGAUUUUUCGUUCUUUGACGCCGGUGUGA